AUGAAUUCACUUCGUCAAUUGACCCGCCAGAGGGCGUUGUAUAGCUCUGCGUCCUCGCGGGUGCUACGAGCUCAGAGCCCUGCGACAUAUCAAUCAUGGCAGAGAUACUUCAGCGCUACGUCAGCUACUUCGUCUCAAGGGGCUCCCCUUGAUCCAUCGAAGCUUACAAUCACGAAGACCACUACACCCAAGGAAUUGCAGGCCCCGCAGGACCUCGUCUUCGGAAAGACAUUCACCGAUCAUAUGCUAUCCAUUGAGUGGUCAGCGGCCGACGGUUGGCACGCUCCUCGCAUCGUUCCCUAUCAGAAUCUCAGCCUCGAUCCUUCCGCCUGCGUGUUCCACUAUGCGUUCGAAUGUUUCGAGGGCAUGAAGGCCUACAAGGAUAAGGAGGGUAGGGUCCGUCUCUUCCGCCCGGACAAGAAUAUGCAGCGCCUCAACAAGUCUUCCGCGCGUAUUGCGUUGCCCACAUUUGACAGCGAUGCUCUGAUCAAACUCAUUGGAGAGUUUGUGAAAACGGACAGUCGAUUCAUUCCUGAGGCUCGAGGCUACUCUCUGUAUCUGCGACCCACUAUGAUUGGCACUCAGAAGACCCUUGGUGUCGGCCCCCCUGGCUCUGCGCUGCUCUUCGUCAUUGCCAGUCCCGUUGGCCCCUAUUACCCGACCGGCUUCAAGGCUAUUGCUCUUGAGGCCACCGACUAUGCUGUCCGUGCCUGGCCUGGUGGUGUUGGCGACAAGAAGCUGGGUGCCAACUAUGCUCCCUGCGUCCUCCCCCAGCUGGAGGCUGCCUCCCGGGGCUUCCAGCAGAACCUGUGGCUGUUCGGCGAGGAAGAAUACGUGACCGAAGUCGGCACAAUGAACCUUUUCAUUGCCCUUAAGGACAAGGAGACCGGACAGAAGGAGUUGGUGACCGCUCCUCUGGACGGAACCAUCCUCGAGGGUGUGACCAGAGACUCUGUCCUGGCGCUUGCGCGCGAGAGACUCGCCCCUAAAGGCUGGACUAUCUCGGAGCGCAAGAUUCGAAUGUCUGAGGUCGCCGAAGCUGCCGAUGAGGGACGACUUGUUGAGGUCUUCGGGGCUGGUACUGCAGCCAUCGUCAGCCCUGUGCGGACUAUCAGCUACCGGGGCAAGACGGUUGACUGUGGCUUGAAGGAAGACGAGGAGGCUGGUGAGAUUGCUCUCCAGAUGAAGAACUGGAUUGAGGCGAUCCAAUAUGGUGAUGACAAGCACCCCUGGAGCCGUUCCACCAACGCCUGGCCUCUAACUUGGGUUCCGUUUGCCUCGAUGGGUCUGAAUUAG